CUUCCGGUGAAGAAGACAUUUUCAGGCCAGCCGUUGCAGCCGAACAGUCAAUAUAAACAUUGGCACCUCCGAGGAUUUCUGAGCGUUUUUAUCAACAUAAAUGUAGCUUUUUUUCCUGCUCUUUUACUACAGAUUUGCAGAAUGACGCGGUGAAAUGUGCAGGUUUUCUCACUGAGCCUUGAUUGUGUGAAUUAUGAUCGUACGGAGGCCUUGAUGUCCAGCUAACCUAACGGAAGCCAAUGAUCCAACUGGAGAAACCAGUGCUGACUGGCACCAUGCCGGUGGUGUGGCCCACCAUCCUGGACCUGGGGCGGGACGAGUGUAAAAGAAUUCUCCGUAAACUUGAAUUGGAAGCGUACGCUGGAGUUAUCAGCGCCCUGCGAGCUCAGGGAGACCUGACGAAGGACAAGAAAGACCUCCUGGGAGGACUAACUAAAAUGCUUGGCAUCUCAACGGAGCGUCAUCGAGCAGAGGUCCGCAGGGCCGUUAACGACGAGCGCCUCACCACCAUCGCCUAUCACAUGUCCGGCCCCAACAACUCGUCCGAAUGGUCCAUUGAAGGACGGCGACUUGUUCCCUUGAUGCCGAGGCUGGUGCCUCAGACGGCCUUCACGGCCACGGCCAACGCUGUGGCCAGUGCCACAGCCAAUCAGAACGCCUCCUUUCUGUUGCCGGCUGAAACGGGAAACAAGGAAGUGGUUGUUUGUUACUCCUACACGAGCACCAGCUCUACAGCCACCAGCGCCACGGCAUCAAGCGGAGGCGUGGGAACAACGGUGAAAUCUCAGAGACCGGCCAGCCCGUCAUCCAACGUGGUGGUGCUGCCGAGCGGGAGCACCGUCUACGUGAAAAGUGUGAGCUGUUCCGACGAUGACGAAAAGCCUCGCAAACGAAGACGCACAAACUCGUCCAGCUCGUCCCCGGUGAUGCUGAAGGACGUCACCAAGAUGUCCCCGCCGGUAUCCAAGAACAUCACGGUGCCGGUGAGCGGCAGCCCCAAGAUGAGCAACAUCAUGCAGAGCAUCGCCAACUCCCUGCCGCCUCACCUGUCCCCCGUCAAAAUCACCUUCACCAAACCCACCAUCCAGACCACCAGCAACGCCACGCAGAAGGUGAUCAUCGUGACGACUUCCCCCAGCUCCGGCUUCGUACCCAACAUCCUGUCCAAGUCUCACGCCCAUAGCGCCGCCGCCAUGGCCAAACUGGGCUCCACCUCCAUUCUGACGACCCCCACCCAGAAACAGACUGUGGUCUUCCCGGCCAGCUCCACCACCUCGUCCAACACCGUAGCUGUGACGACGGUGGUGUCCUCUACUCCGUCGGUGGUGAUGUCCACUGUGGCCCAAUGUGCAGCUUCUGCAGGAGUGAAGGUUGCUUCAGCGAGACUGCCAUCGCCAAAGACCCUGGUGGGCUCCCCCACUCAGAUCCUGGCCCAGUUUCCCAAACAGCAGUCGCCCAAGCAGCUGCAGCAGAGCUCGCCGUUAGGAGCGUCGGGUAUCAGUCAGGCCCAGACCUCCACCACCACGCCGCCAGGAGCCAAACCCACCAUCCAGAUCAAACAGGAGUCCGGGGUGAAGAUAAUCACUCAGCAGGUACAGCCCAGUAAAAUCCUGCCCAAACCGUCCUCUGUGGCUCUGUCCAGCAGCAGCUCGUCGCCCAUCAUGGUCGUCAGCAGCAACGGCACCAUCAUGACCACCAAGCUGGUCACGCAGCCCACAGCCACCCAGGCAACUUACACGAGACCCACAGUAAGUCCCAGUAUUGGCGCCAGAAUAUCAGCCUCCAGUGGAGGGACCACCUACGUCAAGACCACCAGUGGCAGCAUCAUCACUGUGGUGCCCAAGUCUCUGGCCACGCUGGGUGGGAAGAUCAUCAGCAGCAACAUCGUGUCUGGCACGACGACAAAGAUCACCACCAUCCCCAUGACGUCCAAGCCCAACGUGAUCGUGGUGCAGAAAACUACGGGCAAAGGAGCGACCAUCCAGGGACUGCCGGGCAAGAAUGUGGUGACGACGCUGUUAAACGCCGGCGGGGAGAAGAGCCUGCAGGCGGUUCAGGGGACCAAACCCGCCAUCAUCACCACCUCCAGGCCCAUCACCAAGAUGAUCGUCACCCAACCCAAAGGCAUAAGCUGCGGAUCUCAGUCCACCGCCACCAAGAUCAUCCCGACCAAGAUUGUUUACGGCCAGCAGGGCAAGACGCAGGUUCUCAUCAAGCCGAAGCCGGUUUUCCAGACGGCGGUGGUGAGCGAACAGACCCGGCAGCUGGUCACCGAGACGCUGCAGCAGGUGACCCGCUCCGCCGAGGCCAGCCAGGCUCAGACCGCGGGGCAGGACGGAUCUGUGAAGGACGACGCCGGGGGUCCGCCGGAGGCCACCGGCUUAAGCGGCGAGGCCUCCCACAGCGGCGCCCAGGAUCCGCAGCCUGUCGUGCACAUGGUGUCCUCCAGAGAGCAGGACUGGACGGAGCAGGAAGUGGUCAUGGAGUCGACGCCUACCAUUUUCUACCAGGACGUGACGGGUUCGGAUUCCCAGUCCGCCGCCUCCACCAUCAAAGCCCUGCUGGAGCUGCAGCAGACCACAGCAGUGAAGGAGAAGGCAGAGUCCAAACCGAAGCCGCCCACCAUCGACCUGAGCCAGAUGGCCGUGCCCAUCCAGCUGCCCCAGGAGAAGGCCGGUCCAGAGUCUCCAAAACCUUUGACCUCAGAGGCCGAAACCAGCUCUGACCACGCCGCGGCAGGCAAACCCAGCAGAGCGGGCGCACCCUCGCAGCAGGAGGACGCCGCCGUGAUGCCGACCGCUCAGCAGCCGCCGAAGCCUUUCAAAAGCGGCGGCGGCGGCGGCCACGUCACCGUGCUAACCAAGACGGUCACAGCCUCCCCUGCAGCCGCGCCGUCACACCUGCCCACAGAAAGUCCCAGGAAAGCGGAGACCGUCGUAGAGGUGGCCGAGCUGGAGGGCGACACCUUGGACCCGCAGACAGGCUUGUUCUACCGCUCCAACAAGCCUCCCUCAGAUCCCGUCAACCAAACAACUCGCCCUGUGGCAGCUCAGCCGCCGCCGCCCAUGAGCCCGGCCGAGCAGAUCCGACCCAUUCCCACCCCUCUGCAGCAGCCGCCGCCUCCCCCACAGCUGCAGAGCAAACCUCAGAUCAGCCAGCCUUCCUCCUCUUCCACUCCUCCCCUCAUUAAGAAAAUCCCUAAACCACAGGAGCCGAUCACGCCCAAACCUCAAACCUUAACCCCGAGCCCCCACAAAGACAGAGCCCCGGCUGUACAGACCCAGACCGCGGCAAAGACCCCAACGCCCAGUACGCCAACCAAGACCCUGGUUACACCACAGCUCCCCAAGUUACAGCAAGCGCCAUCGUCCCAUCACCGGCCUCUGCACGCCCCCAUGUCACAUCCGCCGCCCCUGCAGGCGCACCACCCUGUCGGCACCGACAAGCCUGCGUCCGGCCAGCAGCCGAUCAUCACUCAGAGCGCCACCGUCACCAAGAUCACCUUCGGAAGCUCCCACCACCCGACGCCGGGCUUCAGCAGUGGCGAGGCGGCGGCUAAGCUGAUCCCAGAGUCCAGCUCGGGGCCGUCGGCGGACAAGCCGUCGGUGUCAGACAUCCUGAAGAUCUCCAUGAUGGAGGCCGAGAUCGACCCGAGCACGGAGCCCAUGGUCGUGGACUCCUCCAGCGACUGCGGCCCUCUGGGGAAAACCCUGGACGUCCAGUCCGUGUCGGGAACGCUGGACUCGGGCCAGUUCAUCAGCAGCUCCGGCGCCGACAUGCGCCACUCCCACACCAAGUCCCAGCAGUUCGGCCUCGCCGCCCAGAGCAGCAAGGACGACCUGGAGGUCAUCGAGGUGAUCCCUCAGUUCUCCAUCCUGCCUGACUCCAGCCAGUCCAACGUGGUAGUGGAGCCCAGCGGCUUCCUGGAGAUCACCAACUACACCAGCCAGCAGCUGGAGGAGGACAGCCCCAUGGAGCAGGAGGUGGACAGCAGCAACGACGAGGCGACGGCCGCCAGCCCCGCGGAGCAGCCGUAGGCCGAGACUUCCACACGAGCGAGGCACUUCUUCACUUUGAACCAGCAGACUGAUGAGCCGUUACGGCGGAGUGUGUAAAAUAUUAGGUUGUUAGAUCCCUUGUCUCUCCACAUGUGGUUCUUAUUACUGGAGGUGUGAGCGAGGUAAAAGGAUUAGCUUUAGUUCAAAACAGCUGGAAAACCUUCCAGCGUGUUAGCUUACUCGAACGACUUUGUGAGACCUUUAUACAUUUAUAACCUGGAGGUUUUUCAGAAUAUUUGUGUCCACUUUGCAUCGUCAUAUCAUCGGAAAAACCUUCUGACACCUUUGGGAUUUAGGACUUCGGCAAAGGGAACAAAGCUGGAAGCGGAUUUAACCCUUCUGGGACUCGAAGCAGACUGAAAUGGACCUGGAGGACGGAUUCAGUCCAACACAUGUGACUUAAACAGGAAAAAAAAUAAAGUUUGUUGUAAAGUUUAUUCUGAAGUUUAAGAUAAAAGCUCCACUGAAGGUAUGCAUUUGUCUCUGCAUAGUGUGUUUUAGGUGCAUUUAUUUUCUACUUUUUCAAACUACAGGACUAGUUGUGAAAAAAACUUUAAUCUGCACAAUAAAUCAGAUGAGUAAAACCUAA